UCCCCCACCUCAACCUCUCCCCUUCCAUGCUUCUCUCCCUCUACCCCUCCCCUCUCCAUCUCUCUCCCACCUCCAGCAGGGGGAGUGCAGCGGGCAGCUCAAGGAGGUGGGGCCGCUGUAGAUGCUCUCUCACACGGAUGCUUGGAACAGGCUUGGCCCGGCCGCGACUUUUUGUAUCAAUAUUCACGGACUCCUUCUCGAAAACUAAUCGGCCUCAAAAUAAUCACCAUGAGGCUCUCCAGGGAGCCUCCCCGCAGACAUCCCCGGAGCGGAGCCCGGUGAGGGGGGACCAUGAGCGGCGAUCGGGAGCCAGAUGAGAGUUACGCAAGGGUGCAAGCUGUGGUGAUGACGCGAGAUGACUCAACUGGAGGGUGGCUGCCUCUAGGAGGAGGAGGACUCAGCUAUAUCUCUAUUUUCAAGACCCUAAACACAGGAGAGAAUGGCUGUGCAGACAUACACGUCCAUGGAGAAAAGCUCAGGGACAAAACGGUGCUUUUGGAGUGUGUGUUGAAGAGGGAAAUUGUCUACAAUAAGGUCACCCCUACAUUUCACCAUUGGAGAAUCGGCGACAAGAAAUUUGGCCUCACUUUUCAGAGCCCAGCAGAUGCUCGUGCAUUUGAUAGGGGUAUGCGCCGCGCCAUUGAAGACCUUACACAAGUGUUCCCCACUUCUAGUGAUGGAGAAGCAGAAGUAUCGGAAAAUGGACCACAGGUUAGAACAAUUUCCGAGAGCAGAAACCAGUGGCACAAGAACACUUCAUGUGUGAACAGAGAAGAGCAUCACAAAUCGCACUACAGUGACACAUUUUUCCGACAUGAUCCUGGCCCAGUAGAUGAGCUCUAUCGUAGUGCUGCUAUAAGACCUUCGCCAUUUGAAAACCUAAAUCCCAAGAGAAGCUACAUUCACAGUCAGGCUCCGCUCAAGCCCCUUCGACAUGUCAGCUUCCAAGAUGAUGAUGAAAUAGUGCGAAUCAAUCCCCGGGACAUCAUCAUCCGGCGCUAUGCAGAUUACCGGCAUCCAGACAUAUGGAAAAAUGAUCUGGAGAAGGAAGAACCUGAUACAAGUACUCCUUUUGCAAAAAACGGUAGUAAAAAGGGGGACAUAGUUUACUCCCCUGCCAAUGGCAGAGACUCACUCAAGGAUGAAAAAUCCUUGCAGGUGUUUAAAACUCAGCCCACAUCUUCUCUUAAGAAGCCCAAGCGAAGGAAAGAAGAUGGGGAACGUUCCAGGUGUGUUUACUGCCAGGAGCGCUUCAAUCAUGAGGAGAAUCGUAGAGGAAAAUGUCAAGAUGCUCCAGACCCCAUACAGCGCUGCAUCUACCAUGUCAGCUGUAUGCUUUGUGCAGAGAGCAUGCUGUAUCACUGUAUGUCAGAUUCUGAGGGGGAUUUCUCUGACCCAUGCUCUUGUGAUGCCUCUGAUGAAAACUUGUGGCUGCGGUGGCUGGCUCUAGUCACGUUGUCUUUCAUUGCCCCUUGUAUAUGCUGCUAUCUUCCAUUACGGGCAUGUCACCACUGUGGGGAGAUGUGUGGCUGCUGUGGGGGGAAGCACAAAGCAGCGGGAUGACACAGUGAUGCACCCUAUCUAUCCUACCGAAGAGUUUCUUCAAUUUCUAGGCGGCUUUAAAAAAGCAGAGCCAUGUUAAGGUGAUGCUGUCAGCGCCUCACUUGCGUGGACUUAACCAGCGGUGUCUGAGUUGAGAUAGGCCUAGUGUUGACAAGUGACAGUGCCAGUGUUGCAUAUACUUAUAUAUUUUUUUAUUUUUUGUUUUGUUUUUGUUAAUAUAAUUUUAUUUUUUAUCUGCCAUUCCUGUUAAGAUGCCAAAAGUUUCCAGUUGUCUGCUUUGCAGUGAGAUAUAUGUAGUACUAUAGACAACCUGAGUACAUAAUUAUACGUUAAUAGUAUAUAUUGGUUCCCAAUUUAAGGGAAAAAAAGGAUAUUUGAGAACAAAUAAUCUAAAUCUAUUUUACAUUUGA